GCUUAUAAAUAUAAGUCACGCCUUAAACCCUAAUUUUGUUUUGGAGAGGCAAAGAAAAGCAAAAGCAACUUCCAUCUCUUACACGAGAUCUUAGAUCAGCAAAAGUUUCAUCUGAUACAAUGUCUGCCGGACAGCUCGCUUGCACUUACGCUUGUUUGGCCCUUCACGACGACGGCAUUCCCGUCACGGCUGAGAAGAUUGCUACCAUGGUGAAAGCAGCCAAUGUGAGCGUUGAGUCGUACUGGCCGAGUUUAUUUGCUAAGCUUGUGGAGAAGAAGAGCAUUGCUGAUCUCAUCAUGAAUGUUGGUUCGGGUUGUGCUGCCCCUGCUGCUGCACCUGCUGCCCCUGCUGCUGUGGCCCCUGCUGCCGAGGAGAAGAAGGAAGAAGAACCAAAGGAAGAGAGUGAUGAAGAAUUUGGAUUCAACUUAUUUGAUUAGGAACUUGUUUAGUUAUGGAUUCUGUUUUGCAUGUUUAGGGCACAGAGGUACAGUUGCACUGGGUUAUUUUCUAGUUAAGUUAAUUCUUGAUGCUGCACUUAAUGAUGACUCAAAAGUUUAGACGCUGAGGUGAUGUCUUUUUUGUGGUAUGGUUUCUCAGUGUUAGUAAUGGAGGCAAAAAAUUGACUGUUGAUAUUAAGGGUUUAAUAUGUGAUUGACCGUGCUCAUAUGCCUUGAUGUUUAUGCUUUUAUUUGCUUGUUAGGUUCGUUUUCAUGAUGUGAAAAAGGCAGUCAUUUAAGUUUUAAAAAUGUUCAUCUUUGGUGUUAUGAUGUAAUUGGUGUUCCAACGAAUCUCAGAUGAAAUUUGCAGAUGCUUUGUUGUCUUUGCUUA